UCACUAUUGGGUCUCCUGAGUUUUGUAGCUCUUAUCACACAGCAAUUCACCUACAGUUAAGCGUCUUCACAGCAGUUCACCAAUAAAUGCUGGAAUGUUCCCAUUAGUCUAAAAGUGAAGAAGAUAAAAUUUGUGAAAGAAAAUAAACAUGAAUGAUCCAGAGCCCUGCGGAAUAAAACAGGAAGAUAUUGAACAACAAAUAGACCUGAUAGAAGAGAACAAGGAGACUGAAGAACUGAUUGAAGAGGGGGAGAAACAUCAUGUCAAAACUGAAGAAACAUCCUGGAGUCCCUCAUUGAAUAAUAUAUGUUUCACUUGCCCUCAGUGUGGAAAGUGUUUCUCAUUCAAGCAAAAUCUUGACCUUCACAUAAAAUCUCAUCGUGAAGGGAAGCCAUAUGCGUGUGAUCAGUGUGAGAUGAUUUUCACAAUUAAAGGAAACCUUAUUGAACACAUGAAAAUUCACACAGCAGAGAAACCACACAUAUGUGAUCAGUGUGGGAAGAGUUUCCCACAAAAACGAAACCUUGAUGAACAUAAGAAAAUCCACACUCUGGAAAGGCCAUACUCAUGUGAUCAAUGUGGGGCGAGUUUCCCAUUUAAGGGAAACCUUGACACGCAUAAGAGGAUCCACACUGGAGAGAAGCCGCACAAAUGUGAUCAAUGUGGGAAGAGUUUUGCACAAAAAGGAAACCUUAACAAACACAUGAACAUCCACACUGCAGAAAAGCCGCACAAAUGUGAUCAAUGUGGAAAGAGCUUUGCACAAAAAGGAAACCUUAAUGAACACUUGAAAAUCCACACUGGAGUGAAGCUGUACACAUAUGAUCAGUGUUUGAAGAGUUUCACACAACAACUACCUUUUAACGAUCACAUGAAAAUCCACACUGCAGAGAAGCCACACAAAUGUGAUCAAUGUGGGAAGAGUUUUUCACAAAAAGGAAACCUUAAUGAACACAUGAAAAUCCACACUGAGGAGAGGCCUUUCGCAUGUGAUCAGUGUGGGAAGAGAUUCAUACAUAAAGGAAACCUUAAUGAACACAUGAAAAUCCACAAUGGCGAGAAGCCAUAUUCAUGUGAUCAAUGUGGGAAGAGUUUUGCACGAAAAGGAGCCUUUAAUGAUCACAUGAAAAUCCACACUGGAGAGAAUCUGCACACAUGUGCUCAGUGUGGGAAGAGUUACGCACGAAAAGGAGCCCUUAAUGAUCACAUGAAAAUCCACACUGGAGAGAAUCUGCACACAUGUGAUCAGUGUGGGAAGAGUUUCAGAAAAUCAGGUGUUUUUAAAGUACAUCUGCUUACUCAUUCUAGAGAAAGACUAUAUAACUGUGACCAAUGUGGUAAAACAUUUUUUAGGGCAGAUUUUCUGAAGGACCACCUGAAGGUUCAUACAAAGGAGAAGCCUUACGUAUGUUCUUUGUGUGGAAGGAGUUUUAGACAGAUGGGUGCAUUAAAAACACAUCAGAAAAGACACAGCGGUGUGAAGGAUCAUGCUUGCUCUGAGUGUGGGAAGACUUUUUUUACAGAUGGUGCACUGAAAGUGCAUCAGUCAGUUCACACUACAGAAACUCCUUACAAGUGUUCACACUGUGACAAGAGCUUCAAACGGUCAGAAUAUCUUAGAAUACAUGAGAGGGUCCACACUGGAGAGAAGCCUUAUCACUGCCAUUCAUGUGGGAAGACUUUCACUCAUUUUUCUUCUCUAAUCUGUCAUAAAAAAAAAUGCAUGUCUGAAAUUACAAGUAGUUCGAGUUCUGAUCUGUAAAACUGCAUCAAACAAUUGUUGAUAAUUGAUUAAUCAAAGGUUG